AUGGCGUAUAAUAUUCAUCUUAACCCAGACCCUGUUGUCAACAGGAUCGUCGUCUAUGAGCAUUCUAAUUUUCAAGGCAGGAGCAAAGAGUUUAAGCUUGAUGCUCCUGACUUAAUGGCAGAGGAUUUUAAUGACAACAUUUCCUCUAUAAAGGUGUUCGGAAAUCCAUGGCUGGCAUACACAGAUUGCCUUUUCAAAGGUGCGCAGUACAUCUAUGAGGCAGGAGAAUAUCCUGUCAUGGAUAUAAAUGAUUCUAUUUCAUCACUGCAGUUGGUGAAAGAUGACCUGGCAAAUCCUCAGAUCACUUUGUAUGAAUAUCCAAAUUAUGGAGGCAGGUGUGUUGUCCUCACCUCUGAGACCAACUUGAGUCCCUUCAACUUCAAUGAUACAGCAUGUUCUCACAAGGUGCAGGGAGGGGUAUGGGUCCUCUCUGAACACGAGAACCGAGGUGGUGCGAAGAUAAUCGCCAAAGCUGGUGAAGCUGUUGACAAAUAUGACUGGUGGAACAAGAAAGUGAGCCAUGUGCGUCCUCUCAAGGCAGGAAAAUAAGAAGAAUAGAGGUGGAUGUGAAGGUUCCAGUCAAGAGUUCUGGGAGUGCAGGUGCCAAACUGGGACUCAAUCAUCGCUGACUACUAGUUAAAUUUCAUGAUUCAGUCUCUUCAAAGUUAAAUUAAUGUGCAAAUGUGAAUGAAAAAGGAAUUUUAAUGAAUAUAUGUGUUUAUGUGUAUGAUUGUAAUGGAAAUGAAUGUUUCAGCUGUAUUUUCCAGUCUGUGUAAACACCCUACAUUUUUUAAUGUCUGAUCCUGUUUAAUCUGAUGCUGUUGUAAAAGUUUGACGUGAACGAAGAUGUGAAUGAAACUUUCUGUCUUAUCACACAUAACAUAAGGAAUUUUUCAUGGAUUUAAUGUGAUUGAUUGAUAACCGUGGUGCCAGCUCUCUCACUCUCCUUAUUCGAUCAUGUACUAUAAUACAGAAAUUAAACUUCUUGUGCAUGAUUUCAAAUAAAUAUUACAUAACUGUG